UUUAGCAGUUUCAUAUGUGAUUGACGGUGAUCUUAGAUCACACGUAUCCGACGUCUGGGUCUCCCUUCGAUAGCUCGGUUUCCGCGGGUCCAUAUCGGUGCUUUGCAGCUUCCAAUCGAUAUAAAUAAGCUACGGAGAUCUGCUGUUCGUAGAUAAUUAAAAUGACAAUUUGAUUUUCGAGUAGCACACCCUGGAUUACCUAGAAGUGUGACAGGUUCAUUUCAUCCCUUCAUGCUAUCUGUGAUGCUAAACUAUACAAACAUGGAUGUUCUUGGAAAAACUGAAGAGUGACGACAAGCUUGCAACCACUUGUGCAGUCUACGUACGCCGUCUAUAGUUAGCACCGGAUGAUGUAACCAAUCGAAUUUUCAUUGAAAUAAGUCAAUUUUCUCACUAGGACUGACUGUGGUAGUUAAGCCGCGAAAGUCCACCGUCGGUCAGCCAAGCCCUUGUAGAUAUCUAUAAACUUUAUCGCUCCAAAGCUUCAAAUCUAAUUUCAAUUUGUUUAGAUACUAUUGCAUGAAUGAACCGUUUCCUACUCUUUGGAACCAGCAUAUCAAAAUAGCACCUCAAAGUCAUUCUCUCCUCAAAGAUAACAAACUAAAUUCGACCCUGAUAUAAAAGCUCAAGCUUGCGCCUAGUAUCUGGACAGUUCUUAAAAAUAUGUAGUGCGUCGUGUUACCUGUGUGUGCCCCCUGAGGAAGUUAAUUAAUUGCAAUUAGUAAUUGAGUACCGGUAGUGACGGAGCUGUUUUCCAUAGUGAUUCACUUUAAUCAGCCGCGAUGAUCGGCACAGUGUUAUCAGUUUUGUGGUUGCCGUGGAUAGUGCUUUUUGGUAUUUCGUCGGUUUUUGCCUACAAAUGGCUAACAUCCACCUACGAUUUCUUCGAGAAGAAAAACGUGAAACAUGAAAAGCCAAAACUCUUCUUCGGGAAUUACAGAAGAUUGAUAUUGCGGCAAGAGUCGCUGUUUGAUAUGGUCAAACGAUUUUACUUGAAGUACAAAGAUUACAAAUAUUAUGGAAUAUUUGAAGUACGCAAUCCAGUCCUCGUGCUUGCGAGUCCGGAAAUUAUCAAGCAAGUUGCCGUCAAGGACUUCGAUUACUUCCUCAAUCAUCGAAUCUUCUUGGACGCCGAAGAUGAGCCGCUCAUCGGCAGGUCUCUGAUCGCUUUGAAGGAUCAAUUGUGGAAAGAAAUGCGCGGCACCCUCAGUCACGCUUUCACUGGCAGUAAGAUGCGUCAAAUGUAUCAAUUGGUGGAGGAGUGUAGUCACAACGCUAGCAAGUUUUUAAAAUCCGAAGCCAACGGGAAAACACCGAUAGAAAUGGAGUUGAAAGACCUUUUCACACGUUUCACGAACGACGUGAUUGCAACAUGUGCUUUCGGGAUCCAAGUGAACUCAUUACUGGACAAGGAUAAUAAAUUUUACCAUAUGUCCAGGAAGGCUACGACCUUCUCAGGACUUGCAGCUAUCAAGUUUUUCAUGUUUACGAAUUUUCAUAAAGUAAUCAAGUUUUUCAAGGUGAAAUUGUUCGAUCAGAACUUCUCAAGAUACUUCUACAGCCUCGUGUUGGAUACGAUGCAAGAAAGAGCCAAAAAAGGAAUCAUUCGCCCAGAUAUGAUCCACCUUCUCAUGGAAGCUCGCAGGGGAGCUCUACAAGCAUAUGACAUCGGCAAAUCGGACAUUGAAGAAGGUUUCGCUAUUGUUCAAGAGUCAAGCGUAGGUCAAAACAUAGUGAACCAUAUUUGGACCGAGGACGAGUUGGUCGCCCAGUGCUUUGGAUUCUUCGUCGCAGGUUUCGAAAUGUCAUCCGUUUUAAUGUGCUUUUGUGCUCAAGAGCUUAUGACGAACCCAGAAAUUCAGCAAAAACUGAUUGAGGAAAUCGAUCAAGUUCGGAAAAGUUUGGGGCAUAGACCUUUGACAUAUGAAGUACUUCAACGAAUGCAGUACAUGGAUAUGGUUAUAUCAGAAACAUUGAGGAAAUGGCCACCAGUAGUAGCCACGGAUCGUGUUUGCAACAAGUCUUGUGUAAUUGACGAUCAGGAUGGCAGAGGUGUGAGAAUAUAUCCAGGAGAUCUCGUUUCGAUACCCAUCGUUGGUCUGCACCAUGACCCAGACUAUUACCCCAACCCAGAUAAAUUCGACCCCGAGCGAUUUAGUCCGGAAAAUAAAGACCAAAUACAGCCAUUUACAUAUUUACCAUUUGGGGUGGGUCCAAGGAACUGCAUCGGUUCCAGAUUUGCUUUAAUGGAAGCCAAAGCAAUUAUUUUCCAUUUGCUAUCAGAGUUCACCUUUGAAGCUUCCCCACGAUCUCGCAUUCCAAUAUCGUUGAAAUGGAACAGUUUUCAUUUCAAACCGGAAGGUGGAUUCUGGAUGAAUUUCAAACCUAGAAACAGUACCGGUAGUGACGGGGCUAUUUUACCUAGUGAUUCACCUCAAUCGGUUGCGAUGAUCAGGACAGUGUUAUCUGUUUUGUGGCCCAAGUGGACACUGUUUUUGUGUAUCUUACUUUUUGUUGCCUAUAAAUGGCUAACAUCCACCUACGACUCCUUCAAAAAGAAAAAUGUGAAACAUGAAAAGCCAAAGCUCUUCUUUGGGAAUUACGGUGGAUUAAUACUGCGACAGGAGUCGCUCUAUGAUUUGGUCAAAAGAUUUUACUUGAAAUUCAAAGAUUACAAAUAUUACGGGCUGUACGAAAUGUGCAAUCCAGUCCUCAUUAUAGCCAGCCCCGCAAUUAUCAAACAAGUUGCUGUCAAGGACUUCGAAUACUUCCUCAAUCAUCGGGUUAUCUUGGACGCUGAAGAUGAACCGCUCAUCGGUAACUCUCUGGUCGCUUUAAAGGAUCAACUGUGGAAAGACAUGCGAGGCACCCUCAGUCAUGCUUUCACUGGCAGUAAGAUGCGUCAAAUGUUUCAAUUGGUGGACGAAUGCAGUCAUAAUGCCAGCACGUUUUUGAAAUCCGAAGCAAAAGGGAAAGGACCGAUAGAAAUGGAACUGAAAGACCUUUUCACACGCUUCACCUACGAUGUGAUAGCAACAUGUGCUUUCGGGAUUCAAGUAAACUCUUUACUGGAAAAGGAUAAUCAAUUUUAUCACAUGGCAAGGAAAGCUACGACCUUCUCAGGGACUGCAGCUAUCAAGUUUUUCUUGAUUACGAAUUUUCGUAAAAUGAUGAAGUUUUUCAAAGUCAAGUUGUUCGAUAAAAAAUUCUCAAAAUACUUCUACAGUCUCGUGUUGGAUACGAUGCAAGAAAGAGCCACGAAAGGGAUCAUUCGUCCAGACAUGAUCCACCUUCUCAUGGAAGCUCGUAGGGGAGCUCUGCAAGCAUAUGACAUUGGUAAAUCCGACAUUGAUGAAGGUUUUGCCAUUGUUCAAGAAUCAAGUGUAGGUCAAAACAUGGUGAAUCAUAUUUGGACCGAGGACGAGUUGGUCGCCCAGUGCUUUGGAUUCUUCGCCGCAGGUUUCGAAAUGUCAUCCGUUUUAAUGUGUUUCUGCGCUCACGAGCUAAUGGAGAACCCAGAUGUUCAGCAAAAACUGAUUGAAGAAAUCGAUCAAGUUCGGGAAAGAUUGGAAAAUAGAUCUUUGACAUACGAAAUACUUCAAGGAAUGCAAUACAUGGACAUGGUUAUAUCAGAAACACUGAGAAAAUGGCCACCAACGGCAGCGACAAAUCGGGUUUGCAACAAGCCCUAUGUGAUAGGCAAUGAAGAAGGCGAGGGUGUGAAAUUAUAUCCGGGAGACCUCAUUUCAAUACCCAUCGCAGGCCUUCACCAUGACCCAGCCUACUUCCCUAACCCGGAUAAAUUCGACCCCGAGCGAUUUAGUCCGGAGAAUAAAAACCAAAUAGAUCCAUUCACUUAUCUGCCAUUUGGGAUUGGUCCAAGAAACUGCAUUGGUUCCAGACUUGCAUUGAUGGAAACCAAAGCAAUUAUUUUCCAUCUGCUAUCAGAGUUCACUUUCGAAGCUUCCCCACGAUCUCGUAUUCCAGUAGUGUCGAAAAAAGGUAGCUUUCAACUGAGAGCGAAGGGUGGAUUCUGGAUAAAUUUCAAACCUAGAAAAUAGAUUCACUCUUUGACUGUGAGGUAUGCUCGUAGAAAUAAAGUGAUAAAGUAAGCCAAAAAAAAAAAACAAAAUUUUGUCAGUUCC